AUGAAGCUUGCCCUGCGUAUGUGCCCAUCGAUACCAGGCCUGUACUUCGAUCCCUCUGUGUUGCUGCCGGAUGAUCUGGCAGAGACGCUCUUCCAGCAGUGCCUCGAGACAUACUUCCGCGACUCGCGCGUGAACCAGGCCAUGCUCUUCGAGCGCGUCGUUUCCGAAGGGGCACAUGCGCCCGACACGCCAGCACCAGGUCCCUCGGGCCUCCCGCCCUUCCUCACGUCCCUCCUCGCCACGCUCGCCGACGUGCUCCGCCCCGCCCUGCCGCCGCACACGCACGCGCUGCUCUUCCCGCCCCCGGACGCCCCGCCGCAGGCGCGCCAGGUCAUCGUCAACCUCUACCGCCCGGGCGAGGGCAUCGCGCCGCACGUCGACCUGCUCGACCGCUUCGGCGACGGCAUCGUCGGCGUGUGCCUCGGCAGCGGCUGCGUCAUGCGCUUCCGGCGCGCACGCCCCGAGCUUGGGCAUGCCUCCACCCAGUGCCCCUCCGCGCCGUGCCCCCGCGCCGGCUCGAAGCUGGCGGCGGGAGACCCGGGAGACCCGGGGCACACAGACGAAGACGAGGGCCACGCAGUGUUCCUCCCGCACGGCGGCGUGUAUGUAAUGUCGGAGGAAGCUCGCUACCGUUGGACGCACGGCAUCGAGGGCAGGACGGAGGACUGGGUGCAGGACCGCGCUGGCAGCGACGCUGGGCGGUGGGUCAUGCGCUUCCUGCGGGUCAGCAUCACCUUCCGCUGGCUCCUGCCGGGCGCAGAUGUCGUUGGCGGACUUCCCGACGCAGUGUCGUCUUACUAG